GCCAGUAAAUUCACGAUCAACCACCCCCCAAGCACGACCGCAUACCUGGAACACAUCAGAACCGACAUUUGAGUACUUUCAAACCACUUCGAACAUGGCGCAGGAUGCGCCUGUGAACGCUGGCAAUGCCACGUUCAAGGACAAGGCAAAGCCGCAGGCAGUAAGAGAAGGAAACAUUUCGGCAGCGAGAGCAGUGGCCGAUGCUAUCAGAACGUCGCUCGGCCCUCGUGGUAUGGACAAGAUGAUUCAGACGGGCAAAGGCGAGACGAUCAUCACCAACGACGGCAACACGAUGCUGAAGGAUAUGAGUGUGAUGCACCCUGCAGCCAAGAUGCUGGUCGACCUCGCAAACGCACAAGACAUCGAGGCUGGUGAUGGCACGACUUCAGUGGUGGUCAUCGCAGGCAGUCUACUCGGCGCUGCUGAGAGACUACUUGCGAAGGGCAUUCACCCAACCAUCAUCAGUGAGAGCUUUCAGCGCGCAGCUGCUCGGGCUGUAGAGAUUCUCCAGGAUAUCUCUGUUCCUAUCAACCUCGCCGAUCGACAAACACUUCUCAAAGCAGCAUCAACCUCUCUUUCUUCCAAGAUUGUCGCCCAGGAGCCGAAACUCGCACCCAUGGCUGUGGACGCCGUACUUCGCACGAUCAACCCCACCAACGCCCAGAACGUCGACCUUCGCAACAUCCGCAUUCUGAAGAAGGCUGGUGGUGUCAUUGACGAUUCGGAAAUGCUCGAAGGCUUGGUGCUCAGCCAACAAUGCAGCAAGAGCGCGGGCGGUCCCACACGGAUUGAGAAGGCCAAGAUUGGUCUAAUUCAGUUCCAGCUCAGCCCUCCGAAGCCAGACAUGGAGAACCAGAUUGUUGUGAACGAUUACCGCCAGAUGGACAAGAUUUUGAAAGAGGAGCGCACAUACCUACUCAACAUGGUUAAGAAGAUCAAGAAGGCAAAGUGCAACGUUCUUCUCAUUCAAAAGAGCAUUCUGAGAGACGCUGUAAACGAUCUGAGCUUGCACUUUCUGUACAAGCUUGGUAUCAUGUGCGUUAAGGACAUCGAGAGAGAUGAGGUGGAGUUCAUUUGCAAGUCGACCGGCUGCAAGCCUAUUGCAGACAUCGACUCGUUCACCGAGGACAAGCUCGGAUCCGCAGAUUUGGUGGAGGAGGUAUCAAGCCUUGGUUCCCGCUACACGAGAGUUGCUGGAGUCAAGCACACAAACCCAAAUGCACCCAAAACAGUCUCCAUUGUUGCACGCGGAGCCAACACUCUCAUCCUCGACGAAGCAGAGCGAAGUUUACACGAUGCCAUGUGUGUCAUUCGCUGUCUCGUCAAGAAGCGUGCCCUUCUGCCUGGCGGUGGUGCGCCGGAGAUGGCGGUCGCUACCAAACUAUCGCAAGACGCUCUCACAUCUCCUUACCCGGACAGCAUAUGCUUCAAAGCAUUCGCAGACGCUCUCGAGAUCAUUCCGGUGACGCUUGCCGAGAACGCCGGUCUCAACAGCAUCAAGGUCGUCACAGAACUUCGGGCGAGACACGCAAAGGGCGAGGCGAACGUCGGUGUGAGCAUCAAGCGUGGAGGCGUCGGUGUCAUGGGAGGAGGAGAUGAGAAGAGCGGUUCCGGCGAGGGCGUUAUGCAGCCACUUUUGGUGAGCACGAGUGCUUUCGAGCUGGCGAGCGAGACUGUGAAGAUGAUCUUGCGGAUUGACGAUAUCGCGCUGUCGAGAUAG